UGUUUUAUGUAGGCAUUGCGAUUUCCUGUUGGAUUCGUCCUACAUGAUACAGAUUGGUAGCUUGCUAUCGGUAAUUAUUUUGUGUUCUGUAGAUUAAGAAGGGUUCUGUUUCGGGAAAUUGUGAUUAACACCCUCAAGCGCUAGCUAGCUACAAAUAUCGUCAUCAUCGGUGGUGAACAGUGCGACAAGUGGCUGUCUGGUAGCAUUUAUGCCUGUGAGCUUGGGAAGCUAGCUAGAUAGCUAGCUUGCUAGCUAGCUGCCAGAAAUUAUCCUAGUUCAAGGCCUGUGGUAUUUUUAAUUCUUAGUAAAUAGCUCUUAACCUAACCAGCUUCUUCGAGGAAUAAAGAAUCUUCCUAAUCAAGUCAUGGCAGUUGUCAACGAAGGCGCGCUCAAGAAAAUGCUGUCAAAGCAAUACAAAUACAGAGAUUUGACCGUGCGCGAAAUCACCAAUGUGAUUUCUCAGUACAAGGAUCUGAAACCUGUUAUGGAUGCUUAUGUGUUCAAUGAUGGCUCCACAAGAGACUUGAUGAGUCUAACAGGAACAGUGCCUGUAAGCUACAGAGGAAAUGUGUACAACAUUCCUGUAUGUCUAUGGCUUCUAGACAGCUACCCCUACAACCCACCGAUCUGUUUUGUGAAGCCCACCAGUACAAUGAUGAUAAAAACAGGGAAACACAUUGACGCCAACGGCAAAAUCUACCUGCCCUACCUGCAUGAGUGGAAGCAUCCCCAGUCGGACCUGUAUGGGCUGAUCCAGGUGAUGAUCGUCGUGUUUGGGGAGGAGCCCCCGGUGUUUUCACGACCCACCACACAGACCUCCUACCAGCCUUUCCCAGCCACCGGGCCUCCUAACACAUCCUACAUGCCAGGUAUGCCAGCAGUGUCUCCGUAUGGUCCAAGUCACUCUCCAGGCCCCGGUGGAUACCCUGGAUAUCCAUAUCCUGGUGGAAACUCAUACCCAUCUACAGCGGCUACCACUCACUACACCUCCCAGACUCCUGUCACCACUGUGGGCCCCAGCCGCGACGGCACCAUCGGCGAGGACACCAUCCGCGCCUCCCUCAUCUCCGCGGUGAGCGACAAGCUGCGCUGGAGGAUGAAGGAGGAGAUGGACCGGGCGCAGGCCGAGCUGGACGCCCUGAAGAGGACCGAGGAGGACCUGAAGAAGGGCCACCAGAAGCUGGAGGAGAUGGUGUCCCGGCUGGACCAGGAAGUGACGGAGGUGGACAGGAACAUCGACCUGCUGAAGCGCAAGGACGAGGAGCUGAGCGCCGCUCUGGAGAAGAUGGAGAGCCAGUCGGAGAACAACGACAUCGACGACGUCAUCGUGCCCACGGCCCCGCUCUACAAGCAGAUCCUCAACCUGUACGCCGAGGAGAACGCCAUCGAGGACACCAUCUUCUACCUGGGGGAGGCGCUGCGUCGCGGGGUCAUCGACCUGGAGGUCUUCCUCAAGCAUGUCCGGCUCCUGUCACGGAAGCAGUUUCAGCUGCGAGCGCUCAUGCAGAAAGCCCGCAAGACCGCCGGUCUCAGCGACCUCUACUGACCGCACUGCGCGGCUCUCGUUCAGAUAGUACCCUCCUCUCCUUUGUUCUCCUCCACCUACGUUCACCUGGUCCCUUGACUCCACCCUUUCCUGUCACUCCCAAACACAGGGUACAGCAGUGUUCCUCUCUAGCCGCUAGGGUAGUGGCAGCACCUCCUAAUUAGUUCUCUACUGUAAUACACACAGCCAAAUACUGUGGGAAGUAUAUGUGGGAGAACACUAAAAAAAAUAGUCUUGAGAAAUGAGGUUUUAAGAUUUCUUCUGUUUUUUUUUUUUUUUAGAGAAAAUGAAAGGUCUUUUAAGGCAGACUAAGUGUAAGAGCACCAUUUGCAUACAUAUUUAUUCGCAUUAAGUUUCAGGACCACCUCUUGCUCUGUCUGUUCUCCUUGGUAAAGCUGCAAAUGACUGGGUACCGUGACAUGAGCACCUCACCUGCCUUACUGAGAAGAGAGAAAAUGAACAUUUACAGGGGGGAAAACUCAGUCCAUUUGAGCGUAUUGAAGAGAGGGACCUGAGCACGUCACCCAUGGAUAGAGAGGAUAUGAACUGACACCUAUAAUAUAAUUCAGCAGUGUUGUGUGGGGAGGCUGGCGUUGGAGAGUUUGUCAGCAGCACAUAGUUGACAUUCACUCACUGGGUUCUUGCUCUUUAGAUCGGUCGCCCUCAGAAGGCCACUUACCGGUCACCAUAAAGGAAAGGUUAAGCCAAGAUAAAAAUAAACACUUUCACCCUUUCGGUCAGGCAGGGGAUGAGCUAGUGGAGUUGUAUACUUUUUCAGCACUCCUCCCUCGCCUUCAGAUAGUACACGCUACUCCUAGUCAUUUUCUUCUUUUUUUUUGUCAAGUCAUUUGCUUGAUGUCAUUAUUUCACACUGUGUGGUGAUGGCAGUGUGCUGAUUUUGCUAAUAAGCUGCUGGGAUAGUUCAUUUAUGGUGGCCCCCGGUCAUCACAUUGCGUCUCUACUAGAGAGGUGUAUGCGCAUGCUCCAUGGUCAGGUCUUUGGGUUGUUCUGCAUGGCUGCUGAUGAAUUCCCUCCUGCAGAGGAAGCCAUUGACGGGCCACAGAACAGAAAUCAGGGCAGUCUUAUAGAACAGAAAAAUGCCCAGCUGUUGGGUUGGUGAAGCUCCACUGACAACAGUCACUGUACAAAAUCAACCGUUUGUGUGGAAGAUGUGUCAAUACGUACAUUAACUAUGAACCUGAACUACCUUGAGCGCUUAUUCAUAUGGAAGGGUAAGACAGAGGAGUGUGCUUCAUAGUUUAAGACAUCAAGAGGUGGCAAAGCUGUAUUAUAUACAAAAUUACUCUGGGGUUUCUGUUGUUACUUUGCCCUAAUGACUUUUUCCAUUUACUCUGUACCCUGUACCUUACUACAUUAGUCACUGUUUUCUUCAGAACUCAGGCUAGUAUCACGGACAAUGAAGUCAUAGAACCCACUCCAGUCUAACUUAUAUCAAGUGAAUAUUAAUGCUAUUUUUCAUUUAAGUUUAGCUUAUGUUAAAAUGCACUUUCAGUGAUAUGUAAAAUGGGAGCUUUUUUG